GCCGAACCUAAUACAUUGAAUUAAGUACAUGAAAAGUUCGGCGUCUGAAUCAAUUAGGAACGCCUGUUUCAAUUUAGAACGGCUCAGCCGUUCUUUUCGCCUUGCCCGGCCGGGAAUUUCGCCUUUGGAGCGACUUUGGAACGGCUUUGAUUCAGACGCCGAACUUUUCAUGUACUGAACCUAAUGCAUAAAUUAUUAUAACGUAUUUUGUAAGUAGUUUAACCGAAAUGAGCAUUUUUCUCCUUUUGAAUUUAGUUCGGCUGGAAUUAAGAUCGGUGUCUGAAUCAAUUUAGCCGGUCUAAAUAAUUUGGGUCGGCCUUAAUUCGAAUUAGGUUCGGCUCAUGAAAAGUUCGGCGUCUGAACCGGGCCUUACUGGAUUUUACAUGUGACUCAAAUACUACCUAUUGGAUGAUUUGUCAAUCACUUUUAAUGAAUAAUUCACGAAUUUGCUACACUGAAGCAGAUUAAUUAACCAAUUUAUUGUCGCUUUUUUUUUUACCCGCAGGCCCUGUAUGUUGGGAUCAAUGACAAAGAACUGAAAUGGAUUGCCUCAGAUUUGGUAAUGAUCGAUAAUUGUCAGCUUAUUAUUCUAUGUUUUUUUUAAAAAACGAGGUUAAGAGUAACAAUCAGUAUGUAACGAAUGAAUGGGCAAGUGAAAUAAUGUGCAAUUCCAGGAGCAACAUUGUCCUUCUGGGACGAGUUUUCUAUGCUAUGGUUUAGUUUAGUGAACGUACCAGUAAAAACCAUCAACAAAUCAAUAAAGAUGCAUGUCGUGGAGUUACGAGUUGAAAGUCGCGAGUUGAGAGCUGAGAGUUGCCGCGAGUUGCGAUUUGAUAGUUGAGAGUUGCAAGUCGAGUUUCGAGGUGCGAGUAAUAGAAAAUUGACGAGCUUAGCUGCAGUCUGUCCAUUCAACAUCACAACUAACAAAAUACCCGGUUCCUUAUGAAAGAAAUGAACAGGUUAUAAAGAAACAAAGAGAAGGCGAACAACUAAGAAUAACUUGAGGAUGGAGAGUAGAAAAAGACUAUCGUUUAGUUGAAACAAGUAUAGUAAGCAAAUUGUACAAACAACUUUUUUAACUUUCCUAGGAAGUUGCCGGAGUCAACAAGACAGACCCCUCCAUUUGUGGCAUGGUUGGAUUAGGACUUCAUGUGAGCAACCAAGAUGCCGUAAGGGACUUUAAACAAAUAGCCGACCAAGCCGUUGUUGAUAACGGAGCAAAGGAGUUUUCCUUGGUGAGUAGACGAGUCUCUUUGUGUCCAGCCGAUCACAUCAAGAAGUUUAUAGUUAGGGACUCUUUGAAAAAAAAAGAUGGGAAAUUACUAGGCUAGUUUCAAAUUAUUCGAAGAUCUUUAAAUUUAUACUUGGCACCGAGGCUGAGGGGAAUUGAGGAAAAGAAAUUAAUAAUUCGUUCCUGAAUUUGAGCACUUUUUUUAUUCCUCUCAGUUCCGGGGCCAAGUUUGAAAACUGGCAUAUCGAUAGGGAAAGAAAGAUGAAGAUUAUUAUUUUUGAAUGGAUGAAUAUGAGCCACGCUCACAAAGUGAGUCACUGUUACGUUUUAGGACCUUUUAGGGGUGAUUAUGGCAUUUUCCAACGCACACCCCGACUAUUUUUAAUGAGGAUUGCUCGCCCAAGGCUCUUUCCGUCCGCUAAAGCUUUCUCGGGCUCCCAUAAGAAAUUUUCUUUCAAUUGGUGUUAUUACAGAUGACUAAUUACAUCUUUAGCCCUUGCAAAAUGUAAAGAAGAAUGCAAUAUGCUUUAAAUUAUUCUAAUACAAGGUUUUUGUCCACUGUAAAUUAAAAUUACUCAAUUUCCUGGUGGAUUCCCUCUUAACACAGUGAGUUAAUUAAUGCACCGCUGUUCGUGCGGGAGGUUCCGAGGUCGAUUCCCAGGUGUGCCCUCAAAUCCUUUUUUCAACUUCUUUCCUUUACCGAUCCCCCCUUUGAAUGUUACUUCACUGAAGUGAUCCCCUCUAAUAACUUUUGAUGACUUUAGCAAUCCCCCUCACAUGUCUUCAUUUUCCAAGCAAAUUUGAGUGGUCCCCUCUCUGAAUCCUUCCAAAGCUUUCAUCGACCCUCCUUUUGGGUUCUCAGGUAUGACUGAUCCCCUUUUUUGUUCUCCCAAAAAUCAAGUGAUCUCCCCUAAUAUCCUCCCCUCCCCCAGGUGAUAAAUAAUGACCGGUCUCUUAAGUAGCUUUAAUCACCCGUAGAAUGAGCACUGACGGAAAGAGAGGCAUAAGACGAGCGAACUGUUGGCCUCAGGUUUGUUAAUCUAAUGAGUACUGUUACGAGUGAAAAUAGGGACCUUACAGGCUUUACCUUUUUCCCUGAUUGGUAGGCAAUGUACGCGGCUGUUCAUGACGCAGCAAAAGUGAGCGAAAGAGCGCUGGCGAGAUUCCUCACAAGUAAGAAUGGGAAAGAUAUUAUUGCAGCUCAUGAGGUUGAUAAAAGCUGUCCAUUGCGAAGCAUAGAAAGUAAGGAUAAAGGACUGGGACAGAAAAUACUCAGUGAGAUCAAGAAGGUAUGUUUUGGCUGUUACAAAAUUAAUCGGAAUUAGGGCUCAUCGUUGCCAUGGAAUAUAAUACCGUGCGGUACAAAAGACAAUGUUGCUCCUCGUGGCUUUAUUAAACCCUGGUGCGAUGUCUUUGAGUGACCAAUAAUCCCUCCAAUAAAGGAGUACUGUAUAUGAUACUUACUUACUUUUUCAAAGAUACACUGUAAAAUGGAAUAACAGAAAAAAAAAUUCACGUUUUGGCUUCUAAAUGUAAGGAAAUACAAACAGAACCAGUGAGAAGUACUGUUUUUAGCUCAAAACUCUAAGUCAUGGCUACUUUUAGGUAUACUUUAAUACCAUUAAACGACGUAGAUCCUUCACCUUUUUUCCUAUGCUACUACUCAGGUAAAAUUUCAGGGCUUGACAGGACAUGUGGAGUUUAACGCCUCAACUGGCGAGCGACUUGUUAAAGACGGCAUGAACAUUUUGAACGUUCUCCAAACUGAUGUAACUCAGGUAAGCACUAAUGCCGUUAAUAAGCGUUCGUAAUCAGACAGUUACAGGAGGAAGCAGCAAUUUUAGGAUGCUUUCAAACGUCCGUAUUUUGUAAUAGGAAUGCUAAGAAUGAAAGCGUCCAUGCAUCUGAAUAUCUGAAUAUGUAUGCACAGGACUAUAAAUGUCUUAAAAAGCACAUGUUCUAGACAUAUGGUACAUUAAAAAUUCCUAUUCCGGAACAGCUUCAUCGAAGGCGCCCUUAAGGUGGCUCUGUCAUUAAUACAGUCGCAUUUAGCCUUGACGAAGUUUUCGUCAUAACUUUUUCGUUUUUAACGCGAUGGCUGAGAAACUUAGUUUGCAAAGAACAACAGAUAUCAUUCGGAAAUAGUACGAAAUAUUCCGAUUUCAUUGAUGUUAAAUAUAUUUUAAUUUGCUAAAUUAGCACUUGGAACUAAACUGGUGCAAAAGCUCAAGUCUUGUAGAUGCCACAUCUACUCGGCGCCUGCGGUAAACUCGAAUCUACCCCAUGAAUUUGCUUUCGAGCCAAUUACGGAAGACUUCGUUCUUCUUCAGCAUAAGCAGCUCAAAACCAAUAAAGCCAUUGGCCUAGAUAAUAUCAGUGCUCGUCUACUGAAAGAUUCAGCCUCCGUAAUCAGUGCCAGUCUUACUAGAUUAUUUAAUCUUUCCCUGGAAACUCGCACCUUUCCUUCUCUUUCGAAAUUUGGAAAAGUGGCAGCGUUAUUCAAGAAAGGUGAUUGCUGUGAUGCUAACAGUUACAGACCCAUUACUGCCAACGAUCAGUAAAAUUCUAGAAAAAGCCGUGCACACGCAAUUGUACGCUUAUCUUGAGAACAAUGGUAUCCUUAUCCUGGGUUCAGACCGAAGUUAUCAACUGGAACAGCCUUGGCUCAUUUCACAGACAAUAUCCUCCAGAAUAUGGACGCUGGUUCCUUUACAGGUGCUGUUUUUCUGGACCUGUCUGUCUAAGGCCUUCGAUACAGUGGAUAAUCCCCUGCUGCUGCAAAAGUUGACGGACAUCGGUCUUACCACCUCCACCACCCAGUGGUUUAGAUCGUACCUCACAAACAGGUCACAAAUUACAUCGGUUGGAGAUGCUCACUCUGCAUCUACCGAAAUGCCUAUUGGAGUACCCCAAGGCAGUAUAUUGGGACCUUUAUUGUUUUUAAUUUACAUGAAUGAUAUUCCGGACUGUUAUCUGGCAAGUGAUAUUACUCUUUCUGCGGACGAUACUAUACUCUAUUACUCAUUCAAAAGCGUCAGUGAUCUUGAACAUCACAUCAAUGCUGACUUGGGGACAGUGUCUGAGUGGUUCUCUAGAAAUCUCCUGACGCUAAAUAUAUCCAAAUGUAAUUUUGUUAUCUUUGGAAGUCCUCAGAAACUGAAUCGUAUUCAAGGCAUUUUGGUUAAAGUAGAGGGCACUAAUAUUGAAACAACACAAUCAUUCAAAUACCUAGGCGUAACGCUUCAACAGUCUAUGUCCUGGGCAGAUCAUGUCGAUUCUAUCAGCAUGAAGAUUAUUAAUCAGAGAACAGGCCUAAUUAGGAGAAUCAGGAAUCUAUUGCCGCUACAAGCUAGAGUUGCCUUGUACAAUGCCCUAAUCCUCCCUCUUUUUGAUUAUGGAGACGUUAUAUGGGGGGACUAGAACAAUGACACCAUUAUGUCAGAAUUACAGAUUCUACAGAAUAAAGCUGCUAAAGUUCUGCUGGGGAAACCACCCCGAAGCUCGUCAACCGAAGCACUGAAGAGUCUAGAUCUGAAGUCACUGUCCACAAGAAGGUUUUUUCAUCGCUGCAUUGCAACCCACAAGUGUCUUAUUGGAGAAACCGAUUUCAACUUUAAUUUUACUAAAAAUCAAGCUGUUCAUUCAUAUAAUGCAAGACGCUCUAAUGAUAUUCGCUUACCCCCUACCCAGAACAAACUGGGUUAAACAAACUUUUAUUUUUCACGCCGCGAAAGACUGGAACAGCCUUCCAAAUGAUUUAAAAGAGUGUAAUUUUUUAUCUAUUUUUAAAUCCAAGUUAAAAACUUUUUAAAGAGAUCGCAGCUAAUUUUAAAGCUUCAUAUUUUUUAAAUUUUUUAAAUUUUUUUACUUGUGAACAUAUUCCACUUUUUUCGUAAUAAUUAAUUAAUUAGUUAAAUUAAUGCAUGAGGGCCCCACUGAAAACCGCCUUGGUGAGUUGGGCUCCCUCUAUAAUUAUUAUCAUUAUUAUUAUUAUUAUUAUUAUUAUUAUUAUGUUUUUUUUAAAAAGUAAAAAAAAAAAAAAGGAAAAAAAGAAAAAAGAAAAAAAAUUAUUAUUAUUAUUAGAAAAUUUUCUUUUUUUAGUUUAUAGACAGUUGUUAACAUUUGCUCUGUUUAAAACCACCAGCCCACCAAGAAGUCUUUUUGAACUAUAGUUAUACUAAAUUUGUAUUUAAUUUUCAAUUUGAGAAGAAUUUAAUAAAGUAUGGUUUUUUGAUUUUUUAUUAUUAUUAUUAUUAUUAUUAUUAUUAUUAUUUUUUUAAUUUAACAAUAAUCUGAAUCUUUUAUUGAUAAGAAAACUAACUACAAAAUCCGGCCUAUUUACAAUUAAAUUUUGCUUAAAAAAAACUAUCCAGUACAAGUACUAUUUACAAUUCAUUUCGAUUAAAAAAACCCACAUAGUUCCGAUUAAAAAAUUCAUUUCAAUUAAAAACCGUUAUUCGAAUACUAAUACUAAUACUAAUCAAUACUAAUACUAAUACUAAUUUUUAAUAAAUAAUAAUAAUAAUACAAAACUUUAUUCAUAGAUUUAAAAAAAAAUAGACUAUUUACAGAUUCAAAAAUAUGAAAUAUUAAAAUAUAUACCCUAUGUACAUUCUUCUUGUGUACGAAAGAGAAUUGUCGUAAAAUGACUAUCUAAAGACUACUAAUAACAAUUAUAAAAAGCAUCAAAAAGUAAAUAAAAAGAAUAAAAACUAUUUAAAAAUAACAAUUCAAACUGAUGAAAAGUUACUACUUAAAUUCUGGCUUGCGCACUUUCCGAUGUAAUGUCAAUGUCAGAUAUAUUGGCUGCUCUUCUCUUGCUCCUGGUUCCUCUAUUAUUAUAUAAAAGACCCUACUGUUCAAAGAAAAUCGCGUCUAGUAAAAAAAUUUGUAACGGGUAAUUUAAGCAUAGGUUUAUUGCAUUCCGCCCAAUAAUUUGUUGCUUCUGAACCAGUGUCACUUCCACUUAAAAACCCUUUAAAAAUCUUUGGCCGCUCGCGCAUAAGUGGGGUUGCAUAAAUAAUAAACAUAUGGCUCUCACUUUCUGUAUGUUAUUGUAUUUCUUUUCUUUUUUUUUUAAUAUGUAAUUUAAUAUCGCUUAGAUUGUCCUGCCUAGGUUAGCGUAAUAGCUAUUUGCGGGGCAUACAGUAUUGUAAAACUUUCUCGUUGUGUUAAUAAAUAGAUUGUUGUUUGUUUUGUUUUUUCUCAGUAUACAAUUAAACUGGUACUUUGUAUUUUUUUACUUAUUAGGUAGGCUCAUGGAAACCGGCUUCAGGGAAAAAUGCUAAUGCAGUUUCAACCCGGCAAAGCAAAGAACCGAAAUGGCUCGGUGCUUUUGAAGAGAUGGUAAAAUGCCAUAAUCCUGGUGUGAUUGGUUCUCCUACCGUACCGAUACGAACACUUACAGUCACAACAGUGCUGGUAAGUGGAGUCAUCUUUUUCCGUUUGACUCAAUGCCUAAAUAAUGCCUCAUCAAAGUGAGUCCAUUUUCGAUUUGCCCCAAGCCUCAGUUUCAAAGCGAGGUUAAGUACAUUUUAUAUUUUCACAUGAAGCUUUUGCACUUAGCCUCGUCAGUUUGAAAAUGAGAAUUUUUUAACUCGGAAAUGGCCUUUUAAUAUUAUUGAAGAGUUGUACUGAAUAGCGAUACCUUCACUGACGUCACCCAUUGAUAUUAAUGUAUCAACCACAGGGGCAUUGGUUCUUGUAACAGAUUCCUUUUUUCACUCGUAACAAAUUUGAAUGCCGACAAAAACAGUGUUUGUAAGCAGUGAUGUCUCCUUUAGAGUGUUUUCACAAGACGUCACGGCGGGCCAUAUUGGUGUCCCGAAACAAUGAAACGGCGGCCAUGUUGAUGUCCCAAACCAAUCCUGUGGAAGUUGAACUCUUUUCUUAUGCAAACGCUCUCUUUUUUUCAUAGGUCAAUGAUCAUAAUGACAACGUUACCAUAGUUAAUAGAAUGGAAAUGUUAUGAAGCCCGUCAGCCCCCUUUAUUAUGUGUUUCUGUGGACCUGACACGGUGCAAAACGUUCAAUAGCAUUCCCGUCAUUUAGAUCUUAUUGACCAAUAAAAACGACUCCAAUAGCGCCUGGGUGGAUCAUAGGUAUACGAAAUUUCCCCAAGUAGUGCCCCCCCCCCCACGCUGUUAUUGACUGAAAGAGGAAAAGGUAAUUGAAAAGGGUCUUAAUGUUGAGAAUGGGAGUUUCCUCCAUUGCGCACCGAUAAAAUGUUUUGUUCUCCCCGGCUAUUAUUAGCUCUCUUUUGAUUUAUGUCACUUAGGGACUGUUAUGCAUGAGGGCGGUAUCAAAAGUGAAAAGUAGAAGUGAAAAUCGUGUCUAUACUGAAAGGAAUAAUGAUACUCAAUACUAAAUGUAUAAUUUCAUAGGAGCGUCCUUUCGUGGAGAUUACAAACAAAUCAGCAAAACUAAAAGAUGUAGCAGGGAAAGUGAAAGACGGAGAUGUUCAAGGAUUUCUUAUCGAUUUAAUCAGGGAGUUAGCAAAGGAGGCAAACUUUAAAUACGAAAUCUACCUCAGAGGUGAUACCAAGUAUCAAAAUAUGAUUGAUGAACUCAAAGAACAGGUGAUGCACAAAUUAUUAUUUCAAUAUAAGUUGCCAUUAUAUUAAAUCAUUUUGGUGUCCCCCACUUAUAGUCACUUUACAGGUGGAACCCGGGACACUCAGAUCAAUUUUUUUGUUAUUUAAACAUAUUUUAUUGACGAAGAUUUCCGUAAGAGCAACAGGACUUAACAACAACAACAAUAAAAACUCAUAGAGAGGGCUCUGAUCAACUUCUUUGUUAUCAUGACUCUGAGAAUGAGAGUAUUAUUAGCGUAACAUACCGUAGUGCCUAGUACCCUACUUGUUCCUCUAAAUACCUCAAUAAAAUGUUGUUUUAGAAGAGUGUUUGAAUUAAGACCUACAACCCAGGUCAAAACAUCUUAGGACACUUGAGGAAAUUAGGCGAGAAAACGCACUUUGCUUAAGUACCUCGUAUUCUACUUCUUUUAAAAGCUUGGAAUUGGUUUUGUAACAGCCUAUUUCUGUUCUCCCCCUCUCUCCCAAGCAAAGUUGAUUUUGAUGCGAAGGACAUGAAUGCAUGACGUCAACGCUCCACCUGGGGAGGGGAUAGAAAAAUGCGCCAUUUUAAAGAGCUAUUGCUUAAGUGUCCCAAAUGUUUAAACCAGAGUUGUAAGAGUUUAACUUGAGGUCUAAAGUGUAAGGGCAUCCAACUUACGAAAUGAUAGUAUAAUAUCAAACAAUUUGUAUGUAUCUAUUGAUUAGAAAAGAGACAUGGCGCUCGCCCCUAUAACAAUAACAGCCUCAAGAGAAGAGGACAUAGAUUUCAGUAAACCGUUCAUGGAUUUCAGCUUGAGUCUCAUCAUGCAGAAACCUGGGGAGCCUCCCAUUAAUAAUUUUGCAUUUCUUCAACCUUUCACGAAUAGUGUGUGGCUGUCCACAAUUGGUGUGGUGAGUAUAAAAUACCCUUGCUGUCAUGAGAACAUUUCUAUCUCUGUAAGUAACUCAUCAUCAUAAUGUGCUUGUUUCAUUCACUCUCCGUGAUUAUUAAUGUGAACUUUGGGAAAAGGACUGAAGUGCAGUGGACACUUUUGAGACUGGGGUCUCAACAAGAAUAGUUUGUGUAUGAAACAGUACAGUCAAACCCCGCUUUACGUACACCUGCUUAAUACGUACACAUUAUUAUUACAAACAGUUUGCUUUGUCCCUGCGAAAAAAAAGCCCGCACAUUUUCUUUAAGUUCAACCAGCUUUAUACGGACAGCCCUAAUUACGGACAAUUUCUAAGGCACCCUCAGUGCCCGUAUUAACGGGGUUUGACUCAGGUGUUUUAUAAUUAAUCUAUAUAACUAAGACAAUCUCUUGCUGAAUACUUCACUAUUGGCUAUUUCCCCAGGGGGGAGCCUUGGGGGAAAGGGCUAGUGUAACCGCACCUAUUGAGAGUUUGUUUACAUGAGGAUAGCCAGGGUUAGCUACGCUUGCCCGCUUUACCGGGCUAAUUCGGCUCAUGGUUGUUUCCUCAUAAACCGAGUUACACAGUUGUUCGACCCAAGAUCCAUAUACACAGAACAAAAACUUUAAGAGGAAACAAAACUGAGCCGGCCCGCUAACUGGGCUGGCUCAUAUCAUAUAAACAGGCCCUAAACCUAUUGCUUUUUGAAGUACUCGUUGGCGUUACCGUUGUCGUUGUUAAAUCUCCCUGCGUUGUUGGGAAUCCGAAUAAGUUUUCUGUACGAAAACCUACCAAUCCGAACAUUUAAAUGUACAGUAAUUACCCGGAAAAAAUCUCCUCUACUGUAAAGCAGCUUGUUUUUAAGAACCGGGUGAGAAAGGUGGAUGUUGAGAUCCUUCUUCCAGAGGAAUGUAAGAACUGCCACCCGGGCAACGCUUAGGAUAAACUUUCUUUAUGUUUUUAUAACUUCUAUACACAUUUAUAAAUCUUGUAUAGAGUUAUUUCGAGGCGAAAAAAAUGUGCACGCGACAAUCCCGAAAGGUAAUAUGGGAUAUGAUCAAUACCAUGUUCCUAUAACGACUGAAGCUGUCGAACCUACUAUUUUUGCUUUCCUUUAGCAAUCGCAAACAUACCAUCGUAAACAUCCCGUGUCAUUCUUUCAAAUUUCUUUGAAGAACAGUGCACUCAAAACCACCCACAACACCUUUCGGGAUUGUCGCGUGCACUUUUUCCGACAACCUUUCUCGAAAUAGCUGUAAACAUAGUAGUAACUCAAUAUGGAGCGGGAAGUGGUUGAAAUAAGCGGGCAGAGGGGCAGUACGGCGUCCACAAUUAGUUUACAGGGCCUGCAAUCCAGGGAUUUUGACACGCUGAUAAAGUAUUUAUUAUUAUUAUUAUUACAAUUACAGUUAUAAUAAUAAUUAUUAUUUUAUUACGGUAAAUGUGGCCUAAAUCUAUCUACAACUGGUAGUUUUUUUUUCAAACGGCCGCCCCUUGGUUUUUUAUUAUUUAGAUGAAAAACUCUUUCUUGUAUUUGAUAUUUCACUCGCAGGUGAUGUUCAUCACCAUUAUGAUGUGUGUAAUGGAUUUCUUGACUCCCUUUGGUUACCGUGCCCGAGCUCGCGACGCAGACGAUGAACCCGGAAACGAGUUUAACCUGUUAAACAGCCUUUGGUUCGCAACAGCUUCCAUUCUGCAGCAGGGCCCAGACAACACUCCACUGGCUCCUUCCGGUCGCCUGUUAGCGUCUACGUUCUGGUUCUUUAUUUUAAUCUUAAUCUCAACCUACACGGCAAACCUGGCUGCCUUUUUUACAAGUAAGUCGAAGAGACUCAAUUUCCAAGAAACUCACUUUGAGUUUCACCACCGAUAGUUCUUUGCUGAAGUGGUCUUCUUUUAUAAUGGCGACUAUCACUUUUUCUUGGGAAAUCCAGAGAUAUCGGAUAGCGGAAAAUGAAAGGAACACAGGAUGAUUAGAACAGAAUUUAUGAGAUAUGGGAUAUCAAAGUUCUUAGUCUUUGAAGAAAUAAAAGUUAAUUCAGUGUAUUGAUUGUUUAUUAGGAAAGAGGUACAACGUGAGAAAAAUACUGUCAAAUGCGACCAUUUCUAUUUUGCUUUGAAAUACUGACAAUAUCGAAUCCUUUGGAUAGUCUGUUUGAAAUUUUUUUUGAAAGAAUAAUAAAACAAUUAUUGAAUUCGACGUUGCAUAAUUCUUCACAUCAUACUCAGCCUCAUUGAACAAUUGCUAAUCAUUAAAUAAAUGAAUUGUUAAUUAUUUCAAAAUAAGGAUAUGGGAUAUUAAGGAUAAAUUUAUAACUAUUAAGAUAGAAGAUACUGAAAACACCUUACCCAACCUAUUUAAACUCUCUUUUUAGUUAAGCAAACAGCAGAUACUAUCAAUUCUUUGGAAGCUCUUGCAAAUCAGAACGAGAUGAAAUACGGUGUGAUGGAGGGUGGAUCAGUGAAAAAAUUCUUCGAGACGUCAGAAAACUCUUUGUACAGAAAAAUGUUUUCUCACAUGAGGGAAUAUAAGACGUUUGUUCCUAAUACCACAACAGGAGUAAAAAGGGCCAGGGAAGAAAAUUACGCUUACAUAACAGAGUACCCGUAUCUGGAGUACCACAAUCAACAGAAACCAUGCAACACAAAAUUGCUGAAUAAUCUGAUUCAGACCAAAAGCUAUGGUCUUGGGCUUCAGAGGAAUUCACCGUAUACCAAUAGAAUAACCGUCGCGAUUCUGAAGGUAAGGGAAAUUGUAUUUGCAAUGUAUAAAUUAGUUUUCUAUCGUAUAAACCGCCCUCAUGACAAAAUUACUUUGAAAACUGCUAUCCCCUCUCCUCCGUAGGCUGUUGGAGGAUACUCCCAGUACCAGGUUUUCGACGAAUGGUUUCUGUUUGUAUAGGGCUAGGCACCCUGAUAAAUUUUCUCUAACUAGACGCACCAUUUUCUUUACUCUUGACUGAGUUGUUUUGGCUAGCUAUAAUAGUUGCUGGAAAACAUAUUAAAAACUUCAAGUUUUGUUAAGAGGGAAUUUCCGGUUGCAUUGCAUUUUUCUUUGAAAAGGAGUUAAUUUGAGUGGAAAGAAAGUAUUUAGGGAAUAAAUAUACACAUAAACCACUUAUAAAUCUGCUAACCGGUCAGGGGCACCUCUCCCUGUUGCUUUCUCACCAAAAAAAGCAAAAUAAUUAAAACAAUAAUAAUAAAAUAUAUUAUCCACAUUCUACCAAGGAUUCUCAACUAAUAAAGAUAUUUUUGAAAGAAAUAAAAUAAAGCCAGAUUUAGAAGAAAACUUUCAAAAUGCUGUAUCUGUAGAUCCAGGCAAUGCCUCUCUAGGGCCAAUCUUCUCUGUGUCAGUGGUUAUUCUUCAUGAUUAGCCCCAGCCGGCCAGGAUGGGAUGCCUGUGGCUCAAUUACAAUUGCCUACUAUUGUUGUGUAAUGAGUGUAGCGUGAACAUACCAGAGGUUUUAAUUUUUUUCUCAUAUAGUUGCGAGAAAAGAACUUCAUUGAAAAAACUCGCCGAACUUGGUGGGAUGAUCGCAGUAAGUGUCCAAAGCCCUCGCAGUCUAAAACUGGCAACACACAGCGUCUUGACCUGAACAACUUGGCCGGAGUGUUUAUUAUUUUACUGGGUGGUGUGGUCGUCUCCCUUGUUUUGCUUAUCAUUGAGAGGCGCUGCAAGAAUUUGGUUGAUAUGUUAACCAAUGGCCAGGUAACUAAUAAUUAAUAAUAAUUAAUUAAUAAUUAAUAAUAAUAAUUAAUAAUUAAUAAUAAUACGAAUAGACCAUUUCCGACUGAGUUGCCCUAAGCCUCUGUUUCGAAGCAAGGCUAAGUACGAAGGCAUUGAUUACAAAAUAAAUUUUUAUUCUCAUGCAAAUAAAACUCGUUAUUACUAGUCAAGAAAGGUUUUUCGCGUAGACUCAUUUGAAACUGAGAGUUUUGCGAACUCGAAAAUGGCCUGUUUUAAUCCUUUUUCUUGUUUUACACAUCGCUUUGUUUCAUCAUUCCAUUCAUAUCAUUUUAGCAUAUUUUUCACACCAAAAAAAUAAUAGUAACAAUAAACACUCAUACUUCUUUCCAAUCCAUGGGCCGAGUAUUAAAACGGUAUAUGAAAUCACGGUGAAAAAAAAAAGGAAACUCUUGAUGUGAAUCAAGGGCAGAACACUCUCGGCUUGACCUGCUAAUGUUGUUUGAAAUUGUGUUUACGAACGUACAGUAUACAUAAAAGUGCAUACGUUGUAUAAACAUUGGAUAUGAACUUUAAAAUGAACUUAAAAUGAAUUUCAUGAUAAAUGAAGCAGAAACGCACACAGCGCGCAAAACAUAAUCGUCAUGCAUAUUUGGAACCCCCCUUGAGAAUAAAGAAAGUCUGAUAACUCACUCAAAACGGUAAAGUAAUUUCAAAUUUCAGACAGCAUUUGGCAGGAAAUGACUCAAUUGUCGCUAUGCGAGUUGUUUGAUUUCUGUUUGAUACCAUGAAAUUCAUUUUCCUCGCAGCUUGCCUUAAAACGACGCUUUAGUCGCGAAUCUCAAGAAUCAACUGAUCACAACAAUCUCAACCGAGUACGGGUAGGGGUGGUACUCUCACAGGGUGACAGAGUACUUAGACCAGUGGCCAAGCAACAGCCUGAACCAUCUGGCUGGAAGAAGUGGUUUGGCAGGGGAUAAAGGUACAGUUUCAUUCAACAGGAGUUGGCUGACGUUCCAGCGAAAUUUCCUCGCAAACUUUUUAGCGAACUUUCUCGAGAACAUUCGACGAUUCCUGUUGCAAAUUACUGUAUUGCAGACAGUUUUUACAUGACGUCACGGCAGCCAGAUUGGUGUUCCAAAACAAUGAAACGGCGGUUAUGUUGGUGUACCUAGAGGGAGUUGGACUAUUUUCUUAUGUAAACAAUUUCUUUUGUUCCAAUGCAUUUGCAUAGAUGCUGGCCAUGUGAGUGAAAACGCCCUGUAAACGGUUUAAGUCAUACAUUGUAUAAUGACGGGUAGGGGGAACGUGAGGGGCAAAAAAAAGACAUCGAUAAUAUUAGAACAUAGAUUAUCAAAGAAUUCAGAUAAGGAGGCCUAUUGAUCAAAAACUGAAAUUGCCUAGGGAAUGCCUUAGAAUGUUUUGAAGGUAUGAAAGAAUUAAAUACUGUAAAAUUCCGACAAUAAGCCCCUCCAAAUAUAAGCCCCGUAAACUCGUAAUGCAAAAAACCCUCCGUUAAAUCGCCCCUUCAAAUAUAAGCCCCCCGGGGGCUUUUACUUGGAAAUUGGAAUCAAAUACAAAGUAAAGCAAAGCAAAAACGGCAAAUUUUCUUCCAAAUAUAAGGCUAGCCCAAUCGAUUUUGAAACUCAAAUGUCCCUCCGUAGAUAAGCCCCUCCGAAUAUAAGCCCCUCCAAAAAUAAGCCCUUCAAAAAGAGCCUUUGAAAAAUAUAAGCCCCGGGGCUUAUUUUCAAAAUUUUACGGUAUUUCCGGAAAGCUUAGGAAGGGUAGCUUUUAAACAAAGAUUAGGCGUGCUUGGUUUUAUAUUUGUUUCUUUAGAAGGACCAUAGUCAUAAACAAAUGGCCUCAGUAUUGACAGGGAUAUAAUUGCUUUCUCUGAUUUCUGUUUCAAGUGUCGUAAGGCCAAUGGCAAGCUAAAAGACGAUAACGAAUAUAUACCCAUGGAAAACAUCAGACAUGUUGACCCAGGCAUUAAACAGCCAAAUGUGAUCAACCUCUACCCCCUUGACAAGUAUGCGUGCGCACCUGAGAGCAAACUGUAG